CUGCAUGUUAAAUCAUGUGAAAAACUAGCAAUUGCAAGUGCUUGACAUUACCUUCAGAGCCACCCACCCCCCUCCAAUCGACGCCCAACGACCCAAUACCAAUUGAAGUGCCAAAGCUAAAGCGAAAGCUGCCACGCUCCAAGGAAGGAUACUACAUACAGGACAAUACUUGACGACAAUGUGGGAAAACUUUAUUGUAACUCGAAUCACACCAAAGCAUAUUAAACUAACCUAGCCGAAAAGUCGAGAUAGUCGAGCAGCGGUUGCUGCAAUUUGCUGCAUACAAAGAAAAAGAGAAGGGUGAAGAGUGGAAACAAGAAAACAAAACGCACUUGAUAGCUAACAGGGAACGACGGUCUAAGUGCCCAGACAAGGACGCACAUACGCUUCACUUGAGUUGCGGCAGAAGAGUCCUAUUAGCAUCAUGAGUCUGCAAGGAACAUGGAAUGCACUGCCUAAGGCAGCAGAUUAUGAAGGAAAGAUGGCAGGAACUGCUGCAGUUGAUGGCAAGCGACAGCGACUGGAACCAGCAGCAUUGGCGAUGAAAGCAAAAGUACGGCAUCAACGAAAGCAACUUAAACAACAACAACAACAACGACACAAACAGCGAAAAUUAAUGCGGCUGGACACCAGCAAAGCAAUAACAACAACAACAACAACAGCAACAACGACAAGCACGACACUCUGGACGUGGAUAAACAUAUCAGCAGGUUAUAGCCAGCACAAUAAUAAUAAUAACGGCGAGUAUAAUGACGAUGAUAAUGACUGCGACCAACAUAAUCAAGGCACUAACAGCAACAACAACAACAAUAAUGAGACAUUGCCGAUGUUGUCUGGCUCAACAAAUUAUGGCAUUUCCGGCUUCAAGCGGCGGCAGAUUCUGAGCAACAACACCCACCAGGCGAAACAGCAACAAAAACAAGAGGCACGACAGCAACCCACCGGAGCUUUGCUGUGGCACGCCCUCCUAAUGCUGGCCUGCUCAUCAACAAUGGCUCUGACCAUGGCCAGGCCAACAAACGACACAAUCCUCUUGGCCAACAUAAGCAGCACAGACUUAGGGCUACUCUUCAACGAUUCAACAACACCAGUCACAACUGUUGGGAGCCUACCACUGACUACAGCCCUGGCUGUGGCCUUGGGUGGCGCCGAAACUAAAGCUGCCACCAUCGACGAUUUGAGUGAUGAAGAGGCCGAGAGUGCCAGCGAAUAUAUUUUCGAUCGCACCGAUGUGCGCAUUAUAUUCAUAACUCUCUAUACCAUUGUCUUUUGCUGUUGCUUUUUUGGCAAUUUACUUGUGAUAUUGGUUGUCACGCUGUCGCGUCGCCUGCGCUCCAUUACGAACUUCUUUUUGGCCAAUUUGGCAUUCGCCGAUUUUUGUGUGGGCUUAUUUUGCGUCAUGCAGAACUUGUCAAUUUAUCUCAUAGACAGCUGGGUGUUUGGCGAGUUCCUCUGCCGGAUGUAUCAGUUCGUCCAUUCGCUGAGCUACACGGCAUCGAUUUUCAUCCUGGUUGUCAUCUGCAUGGAGCGCUACUUUGCCAUUGUACAUCCAAUUACCUGUAAACAAAUAUUAACGGCCGCCCGUUUGCGGAUGGUCAUUGUAACCGUUUGGAUAACUUCGGCCGUCUACUCAACGCCAAAGUUCGUCUUCAGCAAAACUAUUAAGAACAUACACACCGAGGAUGGUCAGGAGGAGGAGAUUUGUGUCCUAGAUCGCAAAAUGUUCAACUCCAAGCUGUUGGACAUGAUUAACUUUGUCCUGCUGUAUGUUAUACCUCUGCUGGUCAUGACAGUGCUCUACAGCAAAAUUGCCAUUGCCUUGUGGCGUAGUUCGCGUGGCCUGACGUCCCACAUGGCUCAGCAGCACCAUCCGCACCAUCCGCAGCAGCAGCAACAGACGCAGGAUAAUGGUAUGGGCAUGCACAAUAGCAUGUACCAUCAUCACCACCACCAUCCGCAUCCGCAUCAUCAUCAUCAACAGCACUCGCAGGCCACGGGUGGCUCCCUUUCCAGUAGCUUGACGGGUGGUGGCAGCAGUGGCGGUGGCGGUGGCAUUGGCGGCGGUUUGUUGUCCUUGUCACGCCGCCAAAGCAGUAAAUAUGAAAAGCGGGGCGUCAGCAUCACAGAGAGUCAGCUUGAUAAUUGCAAGGUCUCACUGGAGUCGGACCGGCCCAUUGUGUCCGCCUGUCGCAAAACCAGUUUCUAUCAGCAUUCGCACACGCACCACCAGCGUCCUGGCAACAAUGGGGGCGGGGGCGGGGGCGUGAGCGGAGCCGCCCACAUGUCGCACUCGUCGAGCAAAGUGUUGCGCGCCCGGCGCGGAGUCGUUCGCAUGCUGAUAAUUUUUGUGCUGACAUUUGCGCUCUGCAAUCUACCGUAUCAUGCACGGAAAAUGUGGCAGUACUGGUCACGUUCAUAUCGCGGUGAUUCCAAUUUUAAUGCGCUGCUAACGCCACUCACAUUUCUGGUCACGUACUUUAAUUCGGGCGUAAAUCCCCUGCUCUACGCCUUUCUCAGUCGCAAUUUUCGCAAAGGCAUGAAGGAGCUGCUGCUCUGCUCCUGGAAGAAGGGCAAGGGCAAGUCCUCCUCGAACUCAUCGAUGCACCACAAGCGCAAGGCCCUGCAGACAAAGCCCUUACUUCGUCCUGGUCAGCUGCCAUAUCUGUAAUCUUUUGAACAGGAAAGAAUCUGAAACCGCAACUGAAUGAUUGUUCCAAAUGGCUUGGGAAAGUUUUCCGU